CCCCGCGGCCCCGGCGCAGCGAUGGGGAUGGUCUGAUCUCCAGCCUCUCCCCCUGCCCAAGAGCAGCCGAGACUGGAUACAUUUUUAAAAAGCCAAACUGCAAACAACUCUGGCGAUGCCAAAAUUCCGCUCCAAGUGACAGGGCUUUGCGAAGGAGGAUUCCUCAGGCUGGGCUCUUUUAUUCCCGCUGCCUUCCUCAGCGACGACUAACGGCAAUAGGAAUUUAGGGGGAAAAAAAAGAAAACGAAAAAGCUGCACUAAACUCUAUCGUGACCUCAAACUCUUUGGACUGGCUUUUUAAAAUACUGAAAGAAAAUCCAUUCAUAAAGAGAAUCAGCAUAGGAGGAAAUGGAAGUUUUCCCUUUGCUCUUGGUUUUGUCCGCCUGGUGGUCUCAAACCUGGGACGCGGCGAAUGCGGAUUCGAUCAUUCACAUCGGAGCAAUAUUUGAUGAAUCUGCCAAAAAGGAUGACGAGGUGUUUCGCACAGCAGUUGGUGACCUCAAUCAGAAUGAAGAGAUCUUACAAACCGAGAAAAUCACAUUUUCAGUGACAUUUGUUGAUGGCAACAAUCCUUUUCAAGCAGUUCAAGAAGCCUGUGAACUUAUGAAUCAAGGCAUCUUGGCCCUUGUCAGCUCCAUUGGUUGCACGUCAGCUGGGUCCCUCCAGUCUUUGGCAGAUGCCAUGCACAUCCCCCACCUCUUCAUUCAGCGCUCAACAGCUGGGACCCCAAGGAGUGGGUGCGGACUCACUCGGAGCAACAGAAACGAGGACUACACUCUCUCGGUCCGCCCACCUGUCUACUUGAAUGACGUUAUCCUGAGAGUGGUCACAGAGUAUGCCUGGCAGAAAUUCAUUAUAUUCUAUGAUAGUGAAUAUGAUAUCCGUGGAAUACAGGAGUUUCUAGACAAAGUGUCUCAGCAGGGGAUGGAUGUUGCGCUUCAGAAGGUGGAAAACAACAUCAACAAAAUGAUCACCACUCUCUUUGACACCAUGCGAAUAGAGGAACUGAAUCGCUAUCGAGACACUCUUAGGCGAGCUAUCCUUGUUAUGAAUCCUGCCACAGCCAAAUCCUUUAUUACGGAGGUUGUGGAGACUAAUUUGGUUGCUUUUGACUGUCACUGGAUCAUUAUAAAUGAGGAAAUAAAUGAUGUGGAUGUGCAGGAACUUGUAAGAAGGUCAAUUGGAAGGUUAACGAUUAUUCGGCAGACGUUUCCAGUCCCCCAGAAUAUAAGUCAGCGAUGCUUCCGUGGCAACCAUCGAAUAUCUUCAACACUGUGUGAUCCAAAGGAUCCAUUUGCUCAGAAUAUGGAGAUUUCCAACCUUUAUAUAUAUGACACGGUGCUUCUGCUUGCUAAUGCUUUUCACAAGAAGCUUGAGGACCGGAAGUGGCACAGCAUGGCCAGCCUGUCAUGUAUCAGAAAGAACUCCAAGCCCUGGCAGGGAGGGCGUAGCAUGCUGGAGACAAUCAAGAAGGGUGGAGUUAGUGGAUUGACUGGUGAGCUAGAAUUUGGAGAAAAUGGAGGCAAUCCCAAUGUUCACUUUGAAAUUCUUGGAACCAACUAUGGAGAAGAGCUUGGCCGAGGUGUUCGCAAACUUGGGUGCUGGAAUCCUGUCACAGGGCUGAAUGGGUCCCUGACUGACAAGAAACUGGAGAAUAACAUGCGUGGAGUGGUUCUACGUGUGGUGACUGUUCUGGAAGAACCUUUUGUAAUGGUCUCUGAAAAUGUCUUGGGGAAGCCAAAGAAAUACCAGGGCUUCUCCAUCGAUGUCUUGGAUGCCUUAUCAAACUACCUGGGUUUUAACUAUGAAAUUUAUGUUGCACCGGAUCAUAAAUAUGGGAGCCCACAAGAAGAUGGGACAUGGAAUGGCCUGGUAGGAGAGUUAGUCUUUAAGAGAGCUGACAUAGGGAUUUCUGCUUUAACCAUCACCCCAGAUCGUGAGAAUGUGGUGGACUUUACAACACGUUACAUGGACUACUCAGUGGGUGUUCUACUUCGGAGGGCUGAAAAGACUGUGGAUAUGUUUGCCUGUCUUGCACCAUUUGAUCUCUCUCUAUGGGCUUGCAUUGCUGGCACAGUUCUUCUGGUGGGUCUACUGGUCUACCUCUUGAACUGGCUUAAUCCCCCACGAUUACAGAUGGGAUCAAUGACUUCUACUACUCUCUACAAUUCCAUGUGGUUUGUGUAUGGAUCCUUUGUACAGCAAGGUGGGGAGGUCCCAUACACAACUCUGGCUACUCGAAUGAUGAUGGGGGCUUGGUGGCUAUUUGCUUUGAUUGUCAUUUCAUCUUAUACAGCAAACCUUGCUGCUUUCCUCACUAUCACCCGUAUUGAAAGCUCCAUUCAGUCUCUCCAGGACCUUUCCAAGCAAACAGACAUCCCUUAUGGCACUGUUCUGGACUCUGCAGUAUAUGAGCAUGUCCGCAUGAAGGGAAUGAAUCCUUUCGAGAGGGACAGCAUGUAUUCCCAAAUGUGGCGGAUGAUCAACCGCAGCAAUGGAUCAGAGAACAAUGUUCUGGAGUCCCAAGCAGGCAUUCAAAAGGUAAAAUACGGAAAUUAUGCUUUUGUGUGGGAUGCAGCUGUAUUGGAAUAUGUGGCUAUUAAUGAUCCAGAUUGUUCCUUUUACACCAUUGGUAAUACUGUUGCUGAUCGAGGAUAUGGAAUUGCAUUGCAGCAUGGCAGUCCUUACAGGGAUGUUUUUUCACAAAGGAUCCUGGAGCUUCAGCAGAAUGGUGACAUGGACAUCCUGAAACACAAAUGGUGGCCUAAGAAUGGCCAGUGUGACCUGUACUCUUCAGUGGACACAAAGCAGAAAGGAGGCGCCCUGGACAUAAAGAGCUUUGCAGGGGUUUUUUGUAUCCUGGCUGCCGGAAUUGUCCUCUCCUGCUUUAUAGCUAUGCUGGAGACGUGGUGGAACAAGAGGAAAGGCUCCCGGGUCCCAUCGAAAGAGGCUUCAUCCCUGCAGAAUGAAACUACAACAUCUGAAAGAAGGAAUGUUUGGUCUUUAAGGCCAUGUUUGAAACUUGGCAAUAAUACAUGGAGAAGCCAGGCAUCUAGUCAUGGCCUGCACCAACCAUCACAACUAGGAGGACCUCUGGAUGACCCCUAGCCUCUGUCAGCACAGAGCUGCUGACAACUUUCCCACCUAUUGAUUUCAGGACCCAGUAGAUCCUGAGUACCCAAAACUGGUGAGCUGAUGUACUCGCUCCAAAAUUUAAAACUCUUAUUCAGUUCAAUGAAGCUGAAUUCACCAGGUUGUGAUACCCAGAAAACGUCACUGCAAUCCACUCAUAGAAGAGCAACAACAGGAGUGCUGCAUUCAGCUCUGAUCAUGGGUCCUGCCUGAGCCAGUCCAUUGGCCUUGGAGGGAUCCUGCUCUGUGGUGGAUUUCCUGUCUAUGUGCCCUCGUCAGGAGCACUCACACUGAGGUUUAUGUCCGUAGAGCAACAGCUUUGUCCUCCAGUUUCCACCUGUUCAAAUUGACCACAGACUCAACCCUGGGUCUUGGCACUUGGUGAAGGGUCCAGGAGAUAUGGAGGACCAGGGAGAAUGUGCCUUGGCAGACAGUACCAGAGAAAAAAAGAGACUUCUUCUGCUCCUUAUUGAAUCACUGGCGAUUGUGAUUAACCGUCUUUGAAGAUUUUUAUCUCAAAGCUCUCUUGAUAUUAGUAAAACAAUGUUACCUUCAUAUUUGCCAAAACGGUCCACUUUCCUCCACUCCAACAGACUUUGCCCUCACCCCCAGUAGCCAUUAAAUACUGACAUUCUGCAUGGAUUCCUGGCUAAUGUAGAGCCUCCAGUUUGAAUCCACACUUAGUAGAUCUGUCAUUAUAGACAAAGAUAACUUGAAUCACGACAUUAUACCCUAUAAUUGCAGGGCCUGUGUACACUACCUGCCACCAACAUAACUGGGUUAUCCCUAUACCCACUUCCAUAUUCAUCUGUAAACAUCUUCCAUGCAAAUCCUUCUCUUCCAAGUAAAAUAUAAAGGCAUUACAUGAAACAUCCUAACCUCUCAUGAAUUUAACACAUUUUUGUUGAGUACCUACUAUGUACCUACUAUGUGACAAGCACUGUAUUAAAUUCUGGGAAUACAGUGAUGAAUAAGCCACAGUCCUUGCCCCUAAGAAGUCUACAUACCUUUCGGAAGUCAGACAAUUGAACAUUGCUUUAAUGUUAGAGCAGUGUAUUGAUUACCAUGAGAGUUCCCUCAUCCUUGUUCCUUGACCACUGUAGGGGACUCCUAGAUACCCAAGCUGACAUGCAGAUGGUCUUCUAAUAUGCCAAAGCAACCCACAAGAUCCAAGCCAACAAGCAGCAUUCCCCAGGGGAACUUCUGCAAGUCGUUAUCUGGUGGAUUCCAGUUACUAAUAUAUUAUUUCUAAGCCAUUUGACUUCUAAACAAGUUAGAUGUUCACUUACUGAGCACCUUCCCCAUUAUGUCAUCAAACUGGUAACCAUCAGGUUGUAGCUGCCCAUAGGUAAAACCACGUUGUGUGAAGUUGGAAGUCAUGGCUUCAAGUUUGAGUUCUGAUACUUAAGAUUGUGGGCAAAUCACUUAAUCUCUUGAGUCGUUGGUGUCUCUCUUUACAAAAUAAAAAUAAAAUCAAUACAUACUGUACCUACCUCACAGGGUUGUUGUGAGAAUCAAGUGAAAAUGUGUGUGAAAGCACUUUGUAAAUUUUCUUAUUUUUGGUUACCCUAUUUUCCAUAGGUUCUUCCUCCUCCCUACUGAAUACAAUCCUGUAAUUUACCAGAAAGAUGUACUCUCAUCUCCCUCUUCAAGUAAAUGGUACAAAGGAGAUGAAGUUUUUGCCCAUCUGGAUAUCUGGUUUCAGUCUGGGAGUUUUGAUGUUUCACAGAAUAUCAAGGAUAUAAUCCAGAGGACCAAACUGCCCCAUGGAUGUUCUACCAUUAACAGAUCACAGAUCUGGACACCAGCUAUCCCUCUUAAGGGCAUCUGGGAAGGAAUGUGCCCAAGCCUCAUUGCAAUGAACAGUUCUGGGCCCCAGAGAACUAAUCAGACGGCAGAGGUGCAGGGACCAGCCACUCAGAAGUGCAGCCACUCCAAUAGAGAGGACACCUCCUAAUAUAGAACCAGAAGACCUAGUUAAAGAGGACACUGACCCAAUUAAACAAAACCACAAGCCAUCCCUACCUGGCUGACCUAUUAUAGUAGUGAUGGUAAGGGAAUCCCCUAGAUACUCAUUUAAAGCCAGGAUUUUGUGAAACUUCUUUUAACAGUUUAACCCUCAGGCCAACCUGACUCUUACCUCUGAUUCUGACUUGUUUACUCCCUCUCUGUCCCACAGACCUGAUAUGAUGUGUUCCUUGCCUACAAGUCUCACAUGUUCCCCUUACACACACGUGUGCACACACAUGCAACAAUGAGGAAUCCUAGCCAUGUUUCCUUUCCUAGCCACGUGGCCAAGCCCUAGCUUGGUCUUCCACUUCUUAUUUCAGUAUGGACUCUGGAUAGGUUUGGUCUCAGAGAGCAAUCCUGACCCCUCUCAGUUUGGGACCCUGACCUGGAUAGAAGUUUAAAUAGAGCACCUACAGAGCCACUGAUAGGCAGCAAUCCUUUAAGCAAAGAGAAGUCUCUCUAUCUAGAAUGCAGCAGCUCCUCCAAAACCAAGAACAUAGUAGCAUGUACUUCCAGGAAUAGUAUAAAGUUUCUCUGAAAGUUCUCCUGAGUGAACAGUGAUAAUUAUACCAAAAAUAUUUGAUAAGAUUGGCACCCCAGACUCUGUGGUAUAAGUUCUUAAUUCUAAAAGAGAAAAUUCAAUUAUAAUCCAUUCCUCACGUUCCUGGAACAAGGAGAGAGGAUUGUAGGAGAAGUUUUUAUUCAAUCUUUAUAUCAGUUUCCAAAAUACUUUUUAAUGGAAUGGAAAAUAAUUUACAAUCUCUUCCUCAUCCUCACUACAUGUGAGAAGGUUGACCUAAUGUGCCAGUUCAGUUAACUGAGAAAUUUCCAAAUCUUUUCUUAAGGCUACAAUAUUAAAAUUUCAUCUUAAUACUUUAAAAAAUCAGAAAAAAUAUAAAAUACUAUUUUAUUUUAUGGCUUAUGAUCACCACUUGCUAUGGGAAGGGAGCCAGAGAGUCUCAGAGUACCAGCCACCCAAGGUCAAAGGCACUGAGCCAAAGGACCCAGCAAAGAGCAGAUCCAAGCCAGGAAGAAAAGCUGUUCCCAAAGUGACAGACCAGCAUAUGAAACAAGAUGAUCACCAGGUCAUGACAGACGAGAAAGAAGAAUAGACAGAUCCAAGCUGGGAAGCCAAUUAAGUUGUUGGAACAGGUAUCGGGGUGAAUGAGUCUGGGCAGGAGUUGAAGUCACCUAUAGUCACACCAGGCUUGUCUUACAAUAGCCUUUCUUGUGAGUUGUAAUAUUACACACUAGUUUCUUUUUCAGAAGUAAAAUCCUCAGUGUCACUAUGUUGCUUAGAUAGUCAGUCCAAAGCAGAAAACCCUGCUUUACACACAGACAUACCUAUUACUAUUUUAGUUGAUACCAUUUUCUUUUUCAGAGGUUCUUAAUUUUCCCAUAAGUCUUCGAUAAAUUAUUUUAUCAAUAAAAAUUUGUUAAGGAAGAAAUUUCUUGGUUGAAUUCCAAUUCCUUCUUUGAUGAUUGAAAAUGAAUAGUCAAAUGAACUAUCCUAAUUAAUUGUUUGUCUGUGUUUGCAUUCCCAAGGCUAUGUGAGAGGGCGGAAAUGUUCUAACAUAGACAACGUGGACGUGGGUGUGAAAUGAUUAUAGUACCAGGCAAGGGCAGCCAGGGGAAUGUUUGAUAGUGACACACAGCAAGCAUUCCAGUUUAAUGUCUAUCUGCAAAUUGUACCUCUCUUCAGAAAGUCAGAGACGAUCAACUCUCCCACUGCCGUAUCAGGAUGUGGAGACUGCUGAGUGAGAGACAGGUACAAAGGAUAGCCAAGAAUAAAGCAGGCAGCAUUUUGCAGAGAGAGGUAGCAGAACACAGAGACCAGCCACUCCCCAUAGCUGGCGGGAGUGCCAGGCUUUUCAGAGAACUCACAUUAGAAGCUCCAGCAGUGGAUGGAAACAGGCCAGGAGACACAAUAGUGGGGAGAGUUGGAUAGUUUCUGUAAUUAAAGUCUGAACUCUGCACACUUUCAAACAGACUAAGUACUCUCUACAAUUGGCAACGAGGACUGAUUUUUUUUUCAAGCAAUUGUUCUAACCAACCUGGUAAGGCAUAAAUCCGUGUGGGCAUUAAAGGAAGUCAGUGGAUUACAGCCUUUGGCUUAAGAAAGAAGAAGAUAAUCUGAAUACCACCAGGAAGGAGACAGAGCCACAAUAUCCCUAGCAUAAGGAACUGGAUUACUAACAGAGGGUAUCAUUUUGUGUCCCUCCCAAAUGCUGUAUAUAUGGUUACUCUUAAAUUGACUGCUUAGUAAAUUGCAAUUGGUUCUUGAUUAUUUGUGUAAAUUCACUUCUUCUGUAUUGAAUCCUUUCAUUGUCUUUUAAAAGUCCAGCAUUAAAGAACUCUUCAAAGAUAACAAAGUGCCUGCUACUAUCUGAACCAGGUGUACCCUAACUGACAAUUGCCAUCAGUAUUCUAGAAUAUUUAAACCAAAUAAGCAGCAACUCUUUGUUUAAUAAAACUUAUUCCCAACUUGAUGUAUAUAUAUAUUACUCCUGGAUGAUGUAAUGGUGUUAUUUCUGUAUACAGUGGCCCAUAGUGGAAAUAUAAUCCCAAAUUUCUAAUCAUCUACUCCCCACAAACACAACUAAAUUUCUAUAAACUGCAAAUCAGCACAGAGAGUUUUAUUUUCUAGAUCAAAAUUUGGCAGCAACUAAACUGUUCUUUGAAGGAACUGCUAAAACUAGGUUAAAAUCCUUGAAGAAAUUAUUUCUUGGAAUUUUUAUUUAUCGAGUGCCAAUUGAUUUUCAGGCACUGCAUUAAAAAACAGGCAUAAUAUAGCAAAAAAAAAAAAAAAAAUCAGACACAAUCCCUGUUCUUUACAGAGUCUGAGACAGACAUUACAAAUAAUCACACCAAUGAACGUGUAAUUACCAACUGAGAUAAAAACUCCCUGAAGGAAAGGAAUAAGAUACAAUGAGAGUGUAUGACAAGGAAAUCUGACCUAGUUUAGGAGGCUUGCUUGCUGGAAGAAGGAAAGCUUGAGCUAAUGUAAGAACAAUGUAUGGACGUUAACUAGCUUUGGGGAACAGAGGAGGAGCAUACAGACAGAGGAGCGAUCAGUCAUCCUUUGGUAAAGCUCAUCUGAGAACCGAAGGGCCAAUGUGGCUGAAAGAACUGAAAGCAGGUCUAAAUGGUUAGAGCACUGAAAGCAAAGGUAGGAUUGGCAGGUGGUGAGUUAUAGAGAUGGGUAGGAUCCAGUCUAUGUAGAAUCUGAUAAACCAAGCUCAGGAUCUGGGUCUUUAGCCUAAGAAAAUUGUAAAACCUACAAGUUUUAGCAGGAGUCAAUUUGUUUGGCUUACUGUGUUGUUGUAUACAUAGUGUUCUAAAUAUAUUGAGUGACUCAAUAUAUACUGAGUGAAUAUAUAUUGAAUGUAUCAAUCUAUGCUGAGUGAAUCAAUAUAUAUUGAGAGAAUAGUUAUUGAAUGAUUUGGGGAAGAAAAUUUUCUCACAAAUUAUCCUGGAGAACUGUGUUAUCAUAUAUUAUUAUAUUUUUAAAUUGAGUUGAUUAUCAGAAUCAUUACCUAGAAAAUUUUCACUUCCACUUCCAUUCUGAGAUGCAAUUUCAAGUGACACCAAUAAUAAAUUCUAUUACAGCAUUAUCAUGUACAUGGUGUGUACAGGGAUAUUGUCUUUAAAACCAAUCAAAAAACUGUCCCAGUAACAGUCUUACAGAAGAAGUAUUUUGGAAGCUUCCUUGAGAGUAAAUGAAGGGAUCAAUAGUAAAUACUAUUUACUAUUUUACAAGGAAUAGGAAUCAAUUUAGAAUGGAAAGAGGUAAUAAAGGAACCUUAGAAAUACAGAGAUGCCCAAUUUGUAUGCACACCAAAUAGCAAUUUUAGGUUGCACUCCGUCGUCCAUUAACCCUUCCCUCACCCCAGCCUUCAGAGAUCCAGCAGCUGAGCCUCUUCAAGGAACUGUGGCAGAUAUUGGUCUGCUUUUCCUUGGUUUUCCCUGCAGACUAACAUGUAGGCUUUCUCAGUUCUGCUAAGUCAAUUAUCACUUGUCCAUCUGUUUCCAUUUUGUAAAAAUUUGUUGACAUCGCUCAUUUGUUAUUGUCUGUUUAACUAUUCUCUUUAUUAUGUGGGUUUAUGCCUCUUUUGUCGUUUCUGUCAUAUUAAUAAUGUUUGAGCAGGGAAUCUCGAUCUUAAGUGUGUUCAAUCUGAAAUAGUUAACUGAAACUUUCUUAUUGUUUUAAUUUGCAUUUCCUGGUUAGAUUUUUUUUUCAUUUUUAUGGACCAUUUUUAUUUCUCCCUCAUGAAUUUACCUGAUCUUAUCUUUUGUCUGUUUUUUAUUGGACACUAGACAAUUUCUUAUCAAA